AUGGGUAACCCACGCAACGCACGCAAGUCUGGUAGAAGAACGAAUAACGUCAUUGAUGAUACCAAGGAUUACGAGCGCGAUCUUAAGACUCAAGUUGACAGUAUGGGCUUGUACACUGUUGAUACCCCGACAGAUGGUAGCUGUAUGUUCCACGCCAUUUCUGAUCAAAUGUACGGCGACAACAAAUUUCACUUGGAGCUGAGAAAUAGCACUUGUAAUUACCUUGAAGAGAACGAGGAUUUGUACGCAGGUUUCAUUGAGGAUGAUCAAACGUAUAGUCAACACGUGGAUAAUAUGCGGGACCCAACAACAUAUGGUGGCCAUUUAGAGCUUUCUGCGCUAGCUAAUAUAACAAGACACUCAAUUAAGGUUAUACAACCCAAUUUAAUUUAUGUCGUAACUGCAGAUAACACAUUACCGCCUAAUCUCUACGUAGCCUAUCACAAUUGGGAGCAUUACUCAUCCGUGAGGAACAAGAAAGGUCCUCAUAAAGGUCCUCCUAUGGUACAAGAGCAAAUAGGAGUGACUGAAAAUGUCUCUAAUUACCAUAAUGACCAAAAUCAAGAUGUCAUGAAUCAAGUAAUGCGAUGUAUCCCCGCUGAUCUACAAGCUAUAGCACAGGAAGAGCGUAUAGUGGAAAUACUCGCAGACUUUGAUAAUAACUGGGAAAAUGCCGUGGAGUACAUACUUGAGUACAGAGAAGUGACUAUUGAUCACCUCGGCGACCGGUCAAGUAAGGCCGCCGAGAUUGAGACCGACAAGGCGUCAAAGUCACCGAAGCGAGAGCUGGAAGAGAGUAGUGGGGAGGAUAAGGGGGAUCAGACGGUGAAAAAAACCAACAGAAGAGAAAAAAAGGCGCAGAAGAAGCAGAACAAGUCAGACAAGCGCAGAGUGACGCGUAGUAUGGCACGCGAAGACAAGGAAGAAGAUAUACACCAUGUUAAUAACUCAAUUGCGUCAAAUACACCGCUAGAAUUGAAAAUAUAA